UUGACAAAGUCAAUGACUGAAGUUUCUUGUCCAAUCCUGGUCAUUUUCUAGAAGGUGAAAUUGGGAGAGGUUUUAUUAGUGGAGCCUGGAGCCUGAGUACCUAGAGGAUUUUGCUGGAUAGAAGAUUUUUUAUUUUGGAAGAACCAAAUUUGUUUUCACAUUUUGAGCUGUCAUUAUGCCCACCGAUGCACAGACAGACGCUCGCUCUUUCCUGAGCGAAGAAAUGAUUGCUGAGUUCAAAGCUGCCUUCGACAUGUUCGACACUGAUGGUGGCGGUGAUAUUAGCACCAAGGAGUUGGGUACCGUGAUGAGGAUGCUGGGUCAGAAUCCAACCAGAGAAGAACUGGAUGCAAUCAUUGAAGAAGUCGAUGAAGAUGGCAGUGGUACUAUUGACUUUGAAGAGUUUUUGGUCAUGAUGGUACAGCAGCUAAAGGAAGACCAGGCGGGGAAGUCUGAUGAAGAGCUAUCUGAAUGCUUUCGUGUCUUUGACAAAAACCAAGAUGGUUUCAUUGAUCGUGAGGAGUUUGGAGCAAUCUUGCACGCCACCGGAGAGCCAAUAGCAGAAGAAGACAUCGAUGAACUCAUGGCAGAUGCAGACACAAAUAAAGAUGGAAAAAUUGACUUUGAUGAGUUUCUGAAAAUGAUGGAAAAUGUACAGUAAAGCAAAAUUGCCUUCCAUCCCAUUCAUCCCUAAUGAUAUAUCAGAAGAAGCUCAGAGAACUUCAAAAAGAAAAAGAUGGCAGCGAAAACACAAUCUCCCAGGUUUCAAUACUUAGCAAUAAUGCAAAAAAUUUCCUUUGAUGGUGGACUAUUGGCAGUGUCUCUUGGAGAUUGUGACUGUGAAGGUACUUAUAAAUAACCAUGCCCACCAUUUCAGAGGAAACCACUUACCCCACCUAUCAUCUUAUGCCUCCAGCUGUCUUCCAUUACACUUACUUCUUCCAAAGACUUUGUCAAGCCUUCCAUUUCCUUUCAAGAAGUGCUUAAGAUGACCUUGCCUUAAUAUUUACCUUAGAAACGGUCUAGGAUUUAUGGCUUUGUUGUCAUGGUGAUAAAGAAUUGCCUCUCUUCUGCCUUCUACACUCUAAAAAAUGUUGGGUUAUUUCCAACCAAGUGUUCAGUCAAAAAGGGACAGCCCAACUCCUUGGGUUGUAAUUCAACCUAUGCUGGAUUCUUUCAACCCAAAAUUGUGGGUUGUUUUAAUCCAUUGUUUGGUCAAAUGUAAACAUUUUCUGGGUUAAUUUAGCCCAAAAGGUUCCUUUUACGACCCAACACUGGGUUUAAAACAACCCAACAUUUUUUAGAGUGUAGCUCAUGUUAGCAGCAUCUCAGUAAAUCUAUUAAAAAAAUUAAAAAAAA